UAGCAGUGAUCUACCAUUCGGACAUCAGACUUCGAAAUCCACAAAGGGUAUUUCUGUCUCGAAAUCUUUUCCAAUACAAUGGAGGAUUACAGUACCGAGUGGUAAAUCUGUAAAUGUCCGCCAUUGUUAUUUUUGAAGUAUCCAAUGCUUUUCCUUUCUUGCUCCCCUCAAGCAACAGUUAAUACACUUCACUGUCUACUGUCUCGUCCCUCUCUCUCUCUCAUUUACUUCUCUUUGUUUUCGAGUACUAAUGAUGAUGAUGUUAGCUUGGAGUUGGCUGCCAUUUUCUCUCGUGAUCACAUUUCUUUUCCUUUCAACCUUCUCAACAUUCUCUGAUGGAGUUUCUGUCUCUCAGUCUCCUACACCCCUCGUACUACCGGCUUCAGGGAAAGUAAAUGGGAGUGACGCAAAGUAUGCAGUGGAGUUUUCAUGGGAGAUUACGAGGAGGUCAGUGGUGGAAGGGCCGGUUGGCGAACCUAUGCCUGUGGUGGAGGUGAGUUCAUCACUUGUUUUGGCUGCUGAGAGGACUUACAGGAAAGAUCCUCUUAACGAGUUCAAGAGAUACACAGGAGGAUGGAACAUCAGGGAGCGCCAUUACUGGGCUUCUGUGGCAUUUACUGCAGUUCCGCUGUUUGCAAUUGCUGCAAUCUGGUUUGUUGGCUUCGGGCUCUGCUUAUUGCUCAUCUUUCUCUGCUAUUUCUGCUGUAAAAGGCCGCCAUAUGGAUACUCUCGCAUUGCUUAUGCAAUCUCUCUCAUCUUCCUCAUAUUAUUCGCUGUUGCUGCAAUACUUGGCUGCAUUGUCCUAUAUGUUGGUCAAGGAAGGUUUCACAAUAGUACCACAAAGACAUUGCAAUAUGUUGUAAAUCAGGCAGAUAUGACCGUUAGGAAACUAAGGGAUGUGUCAGACGCUCUUGCAUCAGCUAAGCAGAUUGGGGUGGAUAAAGUCUUUCUACCUUCUAAUGUCCAAACUGAUAUUGAUGAGAUAGGAGCAAAAAUUAAUUCUUCUGCAAGCACUCUAGCUGACAAAACAGUGGAUAAUUCAGAUGACAUUCGAGACCUCCUAGAUUCUGUGAGAGUGGCUCUUAUUGUAGUGGCUGCUAUUAUGCUUCUCUUGACAUUUCUUGGAUUCUUAUUCUCAGUUUUUGGGAUGCAGCUUCUUGUUUACAUCCUGGUGAUACUGGGAUGGAUGCUUGUAACUGGAACAUUUAUUCUUUGUGGUACAUUCCUUCUUCUCCAUAAUGUGGCUGCAGAUACUUGUGUAGCAAUGCAUGAUUGGGUUCAAAAUCCCACUGCUCAUACAGCUUUAGAUGAUAUACUGCCUUGUGUGGACAAUGCGACAACUCAAGAAACAUUGUUGAAAAGCAAGGAAGUUACUUCUCAGCUUGUCGAAGUGAUUAACCAGGUCAUCACCAAUGUGUCGAACAUCAACUUUUCACCAAACUUUCCAACCAUGUACUUCAAUCAAUCUGGUCCUUUGGUCCCCAUACUCUGCAAUCCUUUCUUUCCUGACCUUACAGAUCGAAUCUGCACGGCUGGUGAAGUAAAUGCAGAUAACGCAACAGAGGUAUGGAGGAAUUAUGUCUGUCAGGUUUCUGCAACCGGAAUAUGCACCACAACAGGACGGUUAACUCCGGCCUUUUAUGCCCAGAUGACGGCUGCAGUAAAUGUGGGCUCUGCAUUGUACAAUUAUGCUCCUUUCCUUGUUCAGCUACAAGACUGCACAUUUGUGCGGGAAACGUUUACGGGCAUUUAUGUCGAACACUGCCCUGGUCUUCGGCAAUAUAGUAGAUGGAUCUAUAUCGGGCUGGUAAUGGUCUCAACUGCAGUUAUGCUUUCUUUGAUCUUCUGGGUAAUCUUUGGGCGAGAGAGACGCCAUCGCCUCUAUGGGCAACAAUUAAGUGAGGGUCCUGAGGCGGACAAAGACUCUUGAAAGAAGCUUUUAGUUCGCUUUGUGUGCUGGAAUGAGGACUCUUUCUGUGCGGCUUGUAUUUGCAGCUUCACUCUGUUGUAAGCCUUUCUUCUAUAUUUUGCUUUGCUUUGGGUACAGACCAAUCAACGCCAUAAAUCAAAGAAUCCAGGACCAUAAAUGGGUGUUCUACAUUCCGGAUUUGGCGAUAGAGUCAGCUACAGCUAGUGGAAAAUGGCCCUCCAUUCAUAAAACAGGAAUGAGCCUGAAAAUGGCAGCUAGUGUGGAUAUGUAAUGCUGUAACGUUAAAAGACUCGCAGAGAAUCAGAUUGAAAGGAUUUGUUUUGGGGGGAUUUCAUUACAUGUGGACGUUUGGUUAAAAAUUCUCUGCCAUGGCCAAGGUGAUUCCUUUCAAUGGUUUUGCUACUGCUUUCUUUCCAUAACCAAAUGAAUGAAGAAACUUCAGUCUCUGUUUGUU